AGAAAAUGACGGAAAUCAAUCGGAAUUUGAAAAUUAUCGAUGUGGGUUGCAACGCGACAAUUCCGGCGGAGGAUAUUUUCGAGAAAAUCGAUAAUUUCACGGAAAUUCUCAGGAAUUCAAAUUGCCGCGCGAUCACCGGCUCCGACGUGGUUUUCAUAUCGAUUGAAAGAGGUCUCGACGCGAUUGUUGCCGUUAUUGCAUGCCUCCGACUUGAGCUUGUGUUCACAUUUUGCCCGCCGGCGAGCGAUACUGAUGACGUGGUGCGGAAGUUUCGAACGACGCUGGUUUUCAACGGAAAACAUGUAUCUAGGAUCGCUCAAAACGAUGAGAACGGACUUUUAGCGGCGGAGAGCAUUUGCUACGUAAUUCAAACUAGCGGGACUACUGGAGCUAAAAAACAAGUGGCAGUUCCAGUUGACUGUAUUCGCAAGAAUAUUGAGCAUUUUUGUUCGCUCUUCAAUCUAACAUCAUCGGAUUCCAUCCUUUUCUCAACUUCUCUUCAUUUCGAUCCUUCAAUUGUUGAACUUUUCAUGGCUUUUCACGUGGGAUGUACAUUAAUCAUUACACCUGAUGAGUAUCGAAGUGAACCUCACAAACUUCAAAAAUCAAUCGAUAAAUUCCAGCCGACAGUGGUUCAGUUAACCCCAACGGUAUUCGAGAUGCUUCCAUCCGCCGACUCCCUGCUGUCUGCCACGUCGUCACUACGUAUUCUGCUGCUCGGCGGCUCACAUUUCCCCAUAUCUUCCAUCAAUUCAUGCAGAAGCCCGGAGAACAAGACCCGCGUAUUCAAUGUCUACGGAGUGACGGAAGUGUCGUGUUGGGCGUCGUAUUUUGAAGUGGAACACGGAUGCUCCGAGGUUUUAAUCGGAGAAGCAAUCUACGGAACCCAGCUUGGCGUGGAUUCUGAUGGCCAGCUGAUUUUGGGCGGGCCCCGCCAGUGCUAUGUGGAUGGCGUGAAGGCACUGAACCACAAAACUGGGGAUCGUGUUGAAGUUACAGAGAACGGAGGUCAAAAGAUUGUUGGAAGAAUUGAUAGACUGAUCAAACACCGUGGAAUCCGAAUCUGCCUGGAUCACCUGAGCCACGUGGCACUCCGCCAUGACCCCUCUAUUCAAUCUCUCCACACCAUGCUCCUUGAUAACCGGAACAUUGUGCAAUUCCACGUGGGACCCGGAUCCUCGUCGCCCACUCACAAAACUCUGCGGCUCGACGCAACUACAGUAGUCCCGAUUACAGUAAUCCAGGUUGCCGAGCUGCCGAUUAAUUCCAGCGGAAAAGUCGACGAGAAGGCGCUGGAGCGAAUUUACGGCAAAGUUAGCGGCGGGGGAAAUUCAAAAUUCCAGGAGAUUUUCGAGCAAAAGCUGAAGGUUAAGCUCUCAGAGGUGCUCGACGUGAGCUUUGUGUCCCUUGGUGUUAACUCUUUGCUAGCUGCAGAGUUAUCCACAUUUUUCCAAGUGUCACAGCAGACGGAGGUGAUGAGACGGAUGCUGAACGAGACAGUACCUGUUGGAGAUGUUUUACGGAAAUUUGAAUUGUCACCAAAGCUCCAAAGCCACGUAGAUUUUGAAGUUCGAAAAAUCAUUAGAAAACGACAGCCAAAAAUGAGAUGGGCGGUGGAUUUGCGCAAGUGCAUCGAUGGAAACUUGCUUGUUAUUUGCAACACCCUCGUCGUCUGCGCCUCGCAUGCCGGUAUUGUGAUCGCCGUGAAUCCGCAGACUGGCAAUUUGAUUUGGAGAGCCGAAUGUGGUGUCAGAUUUGAGUGCAAACCGAUUUUAGUGAAUGAUCAAGUGGUUUUAGGCUGCAAAUCGACCGGUCUAUACUUUAUCUGUGUGAAAACCGGUCAAAUUCAAAAUUCUGUCAUCCUGGAGACCGUCGGAGUACGUGCUCAAUGUGCAUUCGACGGCGGUGCCAUUUAUUGUACCACUGAAAAUGGGAAUUUUCAUGUUAUUGAUCCGAAAACGUACGGCUCAAUCUACUCCCACGCAAUCUCCAAAAUCCCUGGCGGUACAUCAGUUGGCCCUGUUAUUGCUCCAGAUGGCUCAAUCUUUGCUACCAUCACGGCCGGCGCGGUGCUCCGGACCACGCACGGAAUUCGGCGCCGCCACCCGUUUUGGACCAAUUUUCGCUGAACCAUUGUUUGUCGGCAGCUCAGUGAUUAUCACGACAGUGCACGGAGUUUUGACCAGUUUUGAUGUGGAGAGUGGGCGGAGACAGGUACGACCACGCCCAGCCAAUAAGGGGGCGGGGCUAGUCACAUCCGCAAUUUGGAUGGAGCCUAGUGAGACACGCCCAUUAUGACCAAAUCUCCCUCGAAAAUGAAAAUUGUUUCUGUGCUCCGUUACCGAUUGCCAACUCCCACCUCCUCGUGGCCACCCAGUCAGGAACUGUGCUCCACGUGUCGCUGAGCCCCAAAUUAUCGAUUUUGAGCAUUUUUCGAUUUGAUCUACCGUCACCCGGAAUCUCCUACGUAAAAACUCCGAAAUUUUUGCGAAGAAGCUGUGGUGAUAAGAAGCCGAUGAUCAUGAUGACUUCAAAAAGCGGGUGGCUCAUUUUGGCGGAAAUUUCUGAAAAUGGCGGAGAGCUGCAAAAUCUGGAAGCAAUUCCGAUUUCGAAUAAGGAAAUUUUCACGUCUCCGGAAAUAAUCGAUAAUGUCGGAAGAGGAGGAGCCGGCAACAACAUUUUAUUGAUCGCUGGAAGAGAUGAUUAUUUAAGAGCUUGGGAUUUUGACACGUGGCACUGAGAAAAAUGAAUAAACGAUGUUUUAGUUCA